AAAGGUGUGUGCGUAUGUAUACUGUGUGCGUGUGUAUACUCAAGAAGGGUGCGACUCCACUGGACUUUAUAAACUAACGCCCUGUACGUUAAAGCUAGUUAAACUAUUUUCACUCGUUCACAUACUGCUGUUUAUGUAUUGGUAGCAAAACGUAAUCUUUCUCGGAGACUACAUCAUAUCUUCAAAAGGAGUUAUUUCCUAAGCCGAUUCAUACGCUAAUUUCACGGUUGUUGGCAAACAUGGCAAGCAUGUUCAGACAAAAGUUUCUCGGUUUCACCGGCUUAGUCAUGAUCGCAUACGGCAUCAUCCUCGCCAUCCAAGGCAACGGAGCAGCGAUUAGGUUCGGGCACGCCGCCGCUGCAGUACCGCUCUGGUGCGGUCUUCUGUUCGUUCUGAUUGGAUGUGCAAACUUGACGCAGGUCUUUGAGAAGAAGCGGAAGCAGCAACGAGAUCGAGAGGAUACCUUGCCGUUUUCAUUCACGGUGGUUUUCUGCAACUUCACCGCCGUCAUGGUAGCCUGUCUGUGCAUCGGGUUCGUCUCCUGGGGAGCAUGGGCUGCGAUCACGACCACCGGUACACUGAUUAUCUUGCAGCAGGACGCCGUCGAGACCUACACCGCCAUCAUCUUGGCCAAUGUCUUCAUCCUCUUCCUCGCUCUCAUCGCCAUGUUUGUCGACUGCUGCUCUGGCUCCCUCUUCGGACCAAGUGCGCCAGUCGAGCGACAAAUGAUGCAACAGCCGAUGUACUAUGACUACCAACCGAGGAUGGUCCCCGCACUGUACAAACCAUAAAUGACUCACAACCGGAAGGAGCGCAUCCUUAGUGCGAUUAAUUUAGACUGACCAAAACAAGUGAGAUCUGAUGGAAUUACAAGUAAAAAUAGUAAAAGUAGUGUAACAAAAUCUUCGUACAACGACCGGGGUAAAAUUCUAGACCGAAUAAAUGGCGUUCAUCAUCAUAUUUGAAGGAUCUACGACUUUUAAAUUAAUCCAAUAACAACAUUAAUAACUAUAACAUCAAUAAUAAUAAUACAAGCGAGAUCAGUGACUUUUUAAUCAUUUCGAUUUUGGAACAAGAUAGGCACAAACAAAAUUGAUGCUAUAUUCUCGAUCAUGAUACUAGUGAUAAUAAAUCGUUUUUCCUACAGCGACUUGAGUGGAAGUCUAUGAUAUAAUAGCAUUUAGUUUAAGUACACUCUUAAAAUUUAAUUGUCAAAUCACAAGCUUAUAGGACCGAGGACUAACGGAAGAUCAGCUUUAAAAUGCUUUGCUAAACAUUAUAGUGUUGGGUUUAGCCUUAUUCUUUAAAAUGGUGAUUUAAUAUGACCAAUAUUUUUAAUUUAGGAUUAAAUUAAUAACAGAUUUAAGAAAAAUCUUGAUCUAGUUCACUAUCAUAACAUUUCUACAUUGAUGUUUUGAUCAAGGUGCUCUGUUCGGUUUGUCAAAUGACCAUGUCUUCCUUUUUUUCUAAAUAUUAGUUUUUUAAGCUUGAAAUAGUGAAACUGCACAGUUUACCAUUAAGUUGGAAUAAUUAUUUCUUAUUUCGUUGCAUGAAAUGAUUGUGACAACAUUAUGAUUUAUUCUAAAUAGAUAAAGUUUACAUUUUCUCAGAACUUUAUUGAUCAAUAAAGCACCUGAGGGAAUGAUAAAUUCACAUGUCAAUAACAUAUCAUAUUAUUGAGACAAUCAUUUCAUAAAAAAGAUGUAAGAAUAUUUUCCUCCAACUUUAUGGGCAACAGUAAAUUUCCAGUUGAGUUCCUAUAUUUCACAGUUAGAUACAGGGUAUUAAUAAUAAUGGGUUUGUAUACAUAUCAUAGAGAAAGAAGUUUGAUAAUACUUUGUAUAGCCCUCAGUACAAUUGUUUUAUUUCAUGUUUUUAGUCUAUUUAGAGAAAAUGGGUAUGUUAUAUCAGUACUAUAUGAAUAUUUCUUCUUCUACGUGUAUGAAAUCAAACAGUAUAUUGUUUGAUAGUUUUGUACUGUAAUUGUUUUUUUGUACGUUGAAUUUUCUCAAACGUACUAGUGUACUUCCAUUUCAUUUUAUUUUUAAUCUCUCUCUCUCUCUCUCUCACACACACACACAAACUCUUUCUCACAAACAAACACACUCUCUCACAAACAAACACACUCUCUUUCUCCCUUUCUUUCACAUGGCAACAUACCCACAUACACACCCUUCUUCUCUCCGUAUGCAUGUCUACCCCUCUAUCUCUCCGUCUGUUUGUCUCUGUAUGUGUGUGUGUGUGUGUGUCUCUCUCUCCCCCUCUCACACACACAUCCAAAGUCUCAUUCUCUCCCUCUCCUUUCAUUAUUCUUUAUAUAAAGCUAUACCCAUAUCUCUUCAUUGUCAAUAACCCAUUUCUCCGGAAUUAUGUUGAAUUCUCUCUCGACAAAAUACAUCUUUCUACAUCAGUAUCAACAAUCCCUCUUGUAGAAUACUUAAAGGUAUUUAAAUAUAAAUUUCCACGAUUUUUGUGCGUAUUGCAAUUCAAUGUUGCUGAUAUGUAAGGUGUUGUACAUUGAAUUUUGUUAUGUAUUGUUUAUGCAACUCAGUUAUGGUGAUUUGGUUUUUAUUUUUUGUCAAUUUGUGUACAUCUUUUUCAAUGAAAUAGAUUUAAAUAGGUCAAGUCAUCUACAGGAGACUUGGUAACGAGAAUAAACUCCUUAACCAAAGGGCACUGGCACAUCGACUGGGUUUCGAUCCCGGGACCCUCCGAUUAAGAGACCAUUCCUCUACCACUGAAAAAUGUAGGCCUAUCUACAAAGACAUCUGAAAUCAGACGUAUUUCACAUUAUUAUUUUAACGUAUCACGUUACCGCGUAUUUCAUUACAAAUUUUUAAAAACAUCUAAAAGCCAGACGAAGAAAAAAAAAGAUUAUGCUAUAACAUCGAAAUGCGAGAUGCAUUUAUAAUAAAAUGUAUACAAAAUGUAACUGCAUGAUACUUUGUUUUUCCUGACUUCUUAGGAAGCAGUGUGUGGAUUUUAAAUUGUAUGAUUUUGAGCAACCAGGGGCCGACGGUUUUAAGUCCCGGGCCUCUCCGAGGGACGUGGUAAUAAGGAUUAAUGCUUUAUCAAAUGACACUUAGUGCAUCAACUUUGUUUCGACCCCCGAACCUAGUGUGUACGAGACGACUGCUCUUCCACUGAUGUUAAAGAAAGAAUAAUGUACAAACCAGAAUGUAUGCAAUCAGGGGGGUGUUUCACAUAGAUCCUGAGUUGAACUUAUCUCUAAGUUGGACUUAAUUAUGGAAAGCCUUUAGCAACAUUGAAAAUAUUUUGUAAAAAUUAUUUUAAUAUGCAUACAAAUGGUGAUUUAAAUCAUUCAUAUUUGCUAUCAUCUUCGGAGAUUUCAUGUUCUUGAUGUGGAAUUUAUGAAACGUCUUAAAUACUUGAAUUUUGCUUUUGAAUGUAUUUCAUUAUUAGGCUACAAAUAGCUCGCCAUAAUAUUUAAGUCCAACAUAGAGUUAAGUUCGACUUAAAAUCUUUGUGAAACACCCCCAGCACGUCUUUCAUAUAUAUUAUAUUAGUUUUUAAGGUAUCAGGUUACGGCGUAUGUUAUUCCAAUUAAAAGAAAAAUCUAAGUCAGAAAAAAAA